AGCGGGGAACAGGGCAGGGAACCGGGCGACCGAGCGGGGAACAGGGCAGGGAACCGGGCGACCGAGCGGGGAGCCGAGCGGGGAACAGGGCGACCGAGCGGGGAACAGGGCAGGGAACAGGGCGACUGAGCGGGGAGCUGAGCGGGGAACAGGGCGACCGAGCGGGGAGCUGAGCGGGGAACAGGGCGACCGAGCGGGGAACAGGGCAGGGAACAGGGCGACCGAGCGGGGAGCUGAGCGGGGAACAGGGCGACCGAGCGGGGAACAGGGCAGGGAACAGGGCGACCGAGCGGGAAGACGAGCGGGGAGCCGGGCGACGUGAUGGCUUCCCAUAUUAGCGAGUUGGAAGCGGCCAAGAAAAACCUUAGCGAGGCGCUGGGAGAUAACAUAAAGCAGUACUGGGCUAACCUGAAGCUUUGGUUUAAACAGAAGAUCAGUAAAGAAGAGUUUGAUACAGAGGCCAGGAGACUCCUCUCACAAGACAAGGUGCACUUCCACAAUGACUUCCUUCUGGCCAUCCUCACACGCUGUCAGAUCAUGGUGUCUGUGCCAGAGGGUGCUGGCUCCUUGCCCUGGGCAGGCGGGUCUGCCUGCAAACCUGGGAAACCCAAAGGGAAGAAGAAGUUCUCCUCAGUGCGACAGAAAUUUGACCACCGCUUCCAGUCCUUGAACCCCCUCUCCGCAGCCCAGCCCCUCGUGUCGAAGGACCCCCCUGAGGAGGAGGUGGAGGUGCGGCUCAGUGCCCACACGCUGCUGCUCCCCUCCAGAGGGCAGCUGGAGGCCAGGAUGAUGGUGACGGCCUUCGAGCUCGGCCUGGACAACGUCAGCGAGGACGCGGUCAGCAUGCUCGUCUGUGCCGUCGAGCACCACCUGAAGGACAUUCUGAUGGCUGUGAUCUCCAGGCGGAAAGCCUAUCGCCUGCGGGACCGGCACUUCAAAUAUGCCUUCGGCAGCAACAUCACCCCUCAGCCCUACCUGAAGAACAGCAUGGGGGCUUACAACAGCAUCCCUGACGGGCUGCCCCCCAGCGCCUCCCUGCCCCCGGGUCAUCCUCCUCAGCUCUCCCCUGAUGAGGCAGAGCAGCAGGCUGCCCUCCUGUUGGCCUGCUCGGGGGACCGCCUCCCGGCCGCCCCGCUUCCAGUUAGCAUGUUUGACCUCCUGGAGGCGCUGCAGGUUCACCGCGAGGCGGUACCCUCACACACAGUCUACGCCCUGAAUGUUGAACGCAUCCUGGCACGGCUGUGGCACCCCAGCCACAAGGAGCUGGAGCAGGACCGUGUGCACCAGCAGCGACUGGCAGCCAAGGAGGGACUGGUCCUCAGCUGACACCGCCCCGCCCCAUAGACUCUCACUCAAUUCAGUUUCCUUUAUCAGAGAGGUCCUGGGGACAUGCAGCAGGCUCGUACUGAGCUGCAAGAGAAGACUUGCUGUGUUAAAUGGAGAAUAAAUGCAAAUAUGUUUCAGUUUGUAUUUGGGUCUCCUGUCUGUGUUUUGAAGUGCCUUGCUGGAGACGCACGGCUCCACGUUCACUCAGCAGACGCCUUGUCCUGGAGAAACUGGCUUCAGGAUCUGGUGAUGGCAGAACUCAAGAGAACUUGAAUAGAAUUAAACUAGUGUAUCUAACAGGCUUCCUCCUGUCACUGUGGUACAGGCAGCUGUGCAUUCAGUGUGUGGCACACCACAGUAUCUGCUGUCACUGGUGCUGCCUUUCUUUUAAUGCUGUUGGUGUAAAUUAACAUACAGAGCUGAAGUAACGUAGCAGAGCUGAGCUGUGAAUAUCCUUUAGGGAAGAAACCAAGUGCAACUCGCAGCAGUUUGAGAGAGACACAGACAGACAGACAGACAGACAGACAGACAGAGGCAGCGUCUGCACACUGCUCUUGAUACCGUGUUUGAACGUUGUGUCUGAGUUUCAGACUUUUUCUUUUUGGUUUUGUGUACUACAACCAUGACAGUAGGAAACGAGCAGUAAUUUAUUAGAGUUGAAAUGUAAAUACUGCAGCAAUCUAUUAAAAGAGCAUAUUUGGU